AUGUCGGGCAUAGGCGCAGACCUACCGCCACACUUACUGGCGAAGAGGAAGAGACAGGAAGAGGAGGCGGAAUCAGAUGCUCCGACGACGGCUUCCGGCGCAAAGCGACCGUCCAGUCCAGAUGAACCUGAGAAACGACGGAAAGUCUUAGGACCUGCGAUGCCACCAGCGCCGCUGGACGAAAGGCCAACCGCUCCACCAGAUGCCGAAGACGAAGACAGCAGCGACGAUGACGAUGAUUUCGGCCCUUCACUACCCACCGAAGGCGCCGUCACUGAGGGCUUGAAUGAGGAUGAAGAAAAUGGCAUUGAAGCAGAAGCACCCGCACAGCAGCAGCUGAAAAGAGACGACUGGAUGAUGAUGCCUCCCACACAGGAUGACCUAGCAGCACGGCUGGACCCUACGAAACAAAGACCCAAAGCAUUCAACACAGGCAAAGGCGCAAGAGGACCGAAUACAGCAGGUGAAGACAGCUCGACAUGGCACGAAACGCCUGAGCAGAAGCAGAAACGAUUGCAAGACGAGAUGAUGGGUAUCAGCAAGGCUUCGGCACCUGCGAAAUCCGGGUCAACCAAGAGCUCGAAAGUGAAGGACGAUGCGACGAAGCACAAGAUCCAGGAGCAUGACAAGAUCCGCGGACCGUCAUUGAUGGAACAUCACAAAGCAACGAAAGGCCCCGAGGUAGACGACGACCCAAGCAAACGCGCCUUCGACAAGGAGAAGGACAUGGCCAGUGGCGCACAGUUCUCGUCCACGCAGAAGAAGGAGAUGCUUCAGAAAGCGAGCAAUUUCUCUGGCAAAUUCUCGGGCGGCACGUACCUUUAG